AAAAACAAAUAAAAUAGUAAGAGUUUGUUUCUCGCUGCUAGGGGUUUAACAAAGGGGAUAAUACAUAGAGGCAAUCGGAAUCCAGUGUCGGUACCGGAAUGGUUUCUCUGUCGACUUGGUUCCGAUACAUAGCCUACAAGUUCGAAUACUCCGUUUCUCUCAGUUGGAAGAGCUAUAAAGGAGGUCAAAUCAGUGAUAGAGAGGUUGGUGAUGCAAUUUGGAAAAAUCUAUUCCAGGGAAAGCUUACAUACUUACACUGGAACAAAGGGCAGGAAAUGGCACCAACGGUUGGGGAGCAAGGGGGAACUCUUCUUGUGCGGAAACUAGCAGCUGCUGAUCCAUCGCGUGUUUUUGUUGGAGAUGUGGUACUUUUAAAGGAUCCUGAUAAUACAGAUAAACUUAUGGUCAGAAGAUUAGCUGGAGUUGAAGGGUAUGAAAUGGGUUCUACUGAUGAAAAAGAUGAACCAUUUGUUCUUGAGAAUGAUCAAUGCUGGGUUUUAGCUGACAAUGAGAAGUUGAAGCCCAAGGAAGCUAAUGACAGUCGGACAUUUGGUCCAGUUCCCACAUCUAAUAUAGUUGGUCGAGUUAUAUACUGUCUACGUACAGCCGUGGAUCAUGGUCCUGUUCAGAACAGUCAUUUUAGCAUGCAUAAGGAUUCACCAGUAUUGGAAGUAGAACUGGACGUGGACGAGAUGGCCAAAAAUCACAAAGCCUAGCCUAUGUGCAUCAAAAAUUCUCUACUGACUCGGUUUGUAUAUGUGCGGUGGCCUGGUGAGUUACUGGGUCUUCCGUUGCCUCCAAAUAGACGAUGGAGGCAUAGUUCAAUUCUGAGUGUCAACUUUAUUCAACCUUUGCCUUGGAAAACAGGAUUGUAAUCUCAAAAUCUAGACCAGGAAAAGAAGUGUAAUGAAAUCUUUAUGCUGCCCAUUUCUUGGAUGUGCUUGUGUUAGGACUCUUUACUUGCCGUGAUGGCCUUAUGUGAACUUUGCCCAUAUCAAAAUUUAUAGUUUUAACGCA